CGGCCGCCGUCUCCUCCAGUCCUUGGCGAAAGCCAUUGAGAAACCAGCUGGACGUCAUGCGCCGGAGCCUGUCUGGGAGUCAGAGCGCGGCGGCUCCAUCCCCGCAGACUCCGCGGAGCCCGGACAUGGGACAGGCCUUGGGGCCCGGGGCCCGCGCGCUCCUGCUCCUGCUCCUGCUGGCGUGGCUGCCUCCGCCAGGCAAUGGCAACGAGGGCACCGUCACUGGAAGCUGUCAUUGUGGUAAAAGAAUUUCUUCUGACUCCCCGCCAUCGGCUCAGUUCAUGAAUCGUCUCCGGAAACACCUGAGAGCUUACCAUCACUGUCUACACUACAUCAGGUUCCAGUUGCCUUCCUGGAGCGUGUGUGGGGGCAGUAAGGACCCAUGGGUUCGGGAAUUGAUGAGCUGUCUUGAUCUCAAAGAAUGUGGACAUGCUUACUUGGGGAGUGUGGCCCACCAGGAGCAUUUACCUCCUACCAGCACCCCCAUUUCUCAGGCCUCAGAGGGGGCAUCUUCAGACAUCCGCACCCCUACCCAGAUGCUCCUGUCCAUCUUGCAGUCAACCCAGCGCCCCACCCUCCCAGCAGGAUCACUGUCCUUGGACAAAGAGCUCGCUCGUCCCAGUGAAACCACCAUUCCCACUGCGGGCCACAGUCUGGGAGUUGGGCUUGAGGCUGGGGAGAACCAGAAGCAGCUGAAAAAAAAUGCUGGUCCCACAGCUGGGACAUCAGCUACAGUGCCGGUCCUGUCCCUCCUGGCCAUCGUCUUCAUCCUCACCGCACUCCUUUCCUAUGUGCUGUGCAAGAGGAGGAGGGGGCAGUCACCGCAGUCCUCUCCAGAUUUGCAGCUUCAUUAUAUACCUGUGGCGUCUGACUCUAAUACCUGAGCCAAGAAUGGAACCUUGUGAGUGUACGGGCUGUACGUUGCCCAGGCUGUUAUGGAACUCCUGAGUCAAGUGAUCCUCCCACCUUGGCCUCCGAAAGUGUGUGGAUUAGAAGCGUGACCUACCAUAUUCAGCCUACACGUAUUUGUUAAUAUCUAACAUAGGACUAACCAGCCACUGCCCUCUCUUAGGCCCCUCAUUUAAAAAUGGUUAUACUAUAAAAUGUGCUUUUCAUACUGGGUGAUAAUAA